GAAACAUAUUCAAUGGAAGAUAUAUCUUCCUUAGUUCGGGCAAGCGUCAAUGUUAUUAUUCCAUUGCAACUCUCAAAUGAAGGUAAAAAUGAAAGGGCCAAAUCGUUUGCUAGAUUGAUGCAAGCACUUCAUAGAGUGAAGGAUUUAUAUAUCUCAGUGCCAAACCUUGCGGGAAACACUAAUUGGUGGCAACCUACUCAUGUGCCUGGAUGUGUAUAUUCAUGUCUCAAAGGCAUUUCAGUUGGCAGUUUUGAUGAUGAUGAAGAUGAGUUUGCUAUGUUGAGCUAUAUUCUUGAGAAUGCCCGAGUUUUGCAGACAGUGAAAUUGCGUGCUUCUAUUCAGGCAAAGUAUCGUAUGCUACAAAGAAUAACUAAAUUUCCAAGGAAGUCUCAAGCAUGUCAAAUUGAUUUUGUCUAAGACUUGUGUUUGCUAUUUGCUAGGCAAGACCAGAGUCUAUCUUUAUUAGAUUUUCAUAAUAUGUAGGAAGUCUGAUUUUCAGAGUUGUCUGUUGGAAUCAACACUUGGCAGUUUAGUGAUUUUGGGUGUAUGACCAAAAAAAAAAAAAGUGUCCAACUUCACUUCACAAAUCUCAAUUACUAGUUGGCAUUAGUAAAAGUUACCUCCGUACAUGUUACUCGAUUGUUAUAAUAAAUUUCUCCAUUUGAUGCUUUACCUAUUACUUAUAAUUCCAUUAAUCUCUUAAUGCAACCUAAUCACAAAACAAGCGCAGAAGUUAACUAUGUUUUUUAAUCUAUAGCGAUCUUAAAAUGUCACAAUGACUCUCAAUAUUUAGUUAUGAGCUUAUG